AUGGAUUUGAGACCAAAGAAGCCCACACGGUCCAGAGGAGACGGAGGCCAGGGGUCCGAUGAGACCGGAAGAGGACAAAGCCAUCAGCAGCAGGAAGGCGCUGCUAUUGGUGCAGCCCUGGUGACAGGGGCAGGGCAAGGGAUUGGAUGGGACACUGCCAAUGCCCUGCACCCCUCAGGAGCCAGAGUGGUGGCCAUGAGCCACACCAACGCCAACCUGGUUAGCCUCUCCAAGGAGUGUCCCGGGAUAGAGUCUGUGUGGGUGGACCUCGGUGACUGAGAGGCCACAGAGCGGGCGCUGGGCAGUGUGGGCCCCGUGGACCUGCUGCUGAACAAUGCCACUGUGGUGCUGCGGCAGCCCCUCCUGGAGGCCACCAAGGUCUUCGACAGGUGUGUUCGGGUCAAGCUGUCUCCUCUCUGGGCCCAAGACAUGAUAAACCACGGAGUACCUGGCUGCAUCGUCAAUGUCUCCAGCACAGUGGUCGUCACCUUUCCCAACCUUGCUGUCUACAGCUCCACCAGGGGGGGAGUGACUAUGGUGACCAAAGCCAUGGCCAUGGAGCUGGGGCCACACAGGAUCCGGGUGAACUCCGUGAACCCCACGGUGGUGCUGACGACCAUGGGCUAUCAAGGCUUGAGGGACCCCGAAUUCACCCGGAAGCUGAAGGAGCGAGGCCCGCCGCGGAGGUGUGCAGAGCUGCAGGACCUGGUCAACGGCACCCUGUUCCUGCUCAGCGACUGCGGCGCCUCCGCCCGCGGCUCCAGCAACCCGGCCGACGCCGGGCACCCGGCCUCCCAGACACCAGCUCGGCCAAAGUGA